GGUUUGAAAUGCAAAUGGUGACGAAUAGGCGGGAAAACCUAUGAAGAGCCCAAGGUGUGCGUAGUUGCGUAAAUCAAGAAAAAUGCACGCUUUCUUGAAGACUGGUAAAUUGGGCGCCCCAACAGAUGUGAAGAAACCAUCGACUUCUCGCGCCAAGGAUGACAAAAAAGACUUGACACCAUGGGUGGAAAAAUACCGACCAAAAAAUGUCGAUGACAUUGUAGAGCAGACAGAGGUGGUGAAUGUGAUAAGGCAAGCCAUGAAACAUGGAGAUUUUCCUAAUAUGUUGUUUUAUGGGCCACCGGGUACUGGCAAAACCAGCAUUAUCCAUGCAGCUGCAAGGCAGAUGUUUGGUAGUAUGUAUAAGGAUAGGAUACUGGAACUGAAUGCCUCUGAUGAUCGAGGUAUCCAGGUUGUGAGAGAGAAGAUCAAAUCCUUUGCAUUACGCAAGGCUAAUCCUAUUGGACCAGAUGGGAAGAAAUGUCCACCAUUCAAGAUCAUCAUAUUGGACGAAGCGGACAGUAUGACUGGCGCCGCGCAAACAGCACUUCGUCGAAUUAUGGAAAAAGAGGCACAUAGCACGCGCUUUUGCCUAGUAUGCAAUUACCUAUCGCGAAUUAUCAAGCCGAUAGCGUCGCGCUGCACCAAGUUCCGAUUCAAGCCACUGAGCGAUGAGAAGAGUAUCAGCAGACUCGAAUAUAUAUGCAAUGAGGAGAAUCUAAAGGCUGAUAGAAGCGUUCUAGAGAAAAUCGUUGAAGCGUCCGGUGGCGAUUUGAGACAGGCCGUCAUGUGUCUGCAAUCAAUCACACGAUUAAAGGGCAAGAAUUAUGAGAUCACCGUGGAUGAUGCUCUUGAUGUGAUUGGACUAAUUCCUGAUGAAAAAAUUAAUGCGCUGUGGGAGGCCUGUAAAAAAGGAAACUAUAGUAAUGUCGAGACAUUACUUGAAAAUUUGCUGUUGGAAGGAUAUCCAGGCUCACAGGUAAUCGAACAAUUAAAUGAGAAAGUAAUUUUCUCUGAUGAACUGAGUGACAAACAGAAAGUGAUAAUUGGCGAUAUGCUCGGGGAAUGCGAUUAUAAAUUAACAGAAGGAAGUGACGAAUAUCUGCAGCUUUUAAGUAUAUUUUCUACCAUCUUAAUAGCGUGGAAAUCAUCAUAAAAAAGUUAUAAAAAUA